GAAAAAGCGUGAUCGAGGUGCCGAGGUAGACGAGAUAGCGUGGAACAGAGUGAAUGAAGAGGAAUUAUUGUUAGUUUUUCUUACAUUCAUCCUAUCCUACGCGAAGUAUGAAUACCCCAGGGUCCACGGUUGUUCUGUCCCAGGAGAACUUAAAUAAACUUGUUAGCCUUGGGAAAUUUAAGAUUAUAUCACGGACUUCAAACAGCAUUCUUCAACCUUCUGCUCAAGUGACUUCUACUUCUCCAUCUUCUGCUCCGUCUCCAAACUUCUACUCUUCUGCAGCUGCUCCAGUUAUUGCACCAUCCAACUCGUCUUCGUCUACUGCUUCUACAGUGUCAGACCCUUCUGACCCUAAUGAAGAUCAAGAUCAAGAUCUGUGGCCUUUACCCGAGACCAAAAGGCUCAUUGACGUAGUUUUGACGAAGAAGUCAUGGGCAGGUGUGGUGAGUGGUGUGAAAUUUUGGAGACUAGUAGCUGAUAAAUUCCCUGGGAAAACCGAUAUACAGUGCAAAAAUAAAUAUACCAAUACGAAAGGUAAAUUAAAUAUGAAAAUUGUAAAUAAGAGAACCUCAGGAGGUGGGGGCGUUAAAUUAACUCCAGCCGAGCAGUACCUCCAUGAUGAAAAUAUGAAGAUGGACCCCAGGAAGGCCCAGCAAAUUCCAGAAUCUGAAAUUGCAAAUGUUUCUUCUUACAUUCCUUCUAUUCCUUCUGGUUCUCAAGAUGUUCUGGACAGCACAAUCCCAUCAUCACCACCACCACAGUCAUCGUCAACUCCUCUGGUUCAAUACAAGAAGAAGAGGAAGGUGCCCCAUGGAACUGGUUCAAAUCAGGCAGCCAAUAGAGCAAACCUUUCACAAAUGUGGUGCACCUUCCUCGCAGGAGCCGAGAAGCGGAAGGCUGAAAGAUCACUCUAUGAGAGCAAAAAGAUUGCUAUAGCAGAAGAUUACAAAUUGAUCCAACAACAGAAACAUGCCCUGGAGAAGUCGAAGUUAGAAUUUAAGAAACUGAAGCAUGCCGAUAAGGAGGCAAAUUUAAGAAAGAAAUUGGAACUCAUGCGGAAGAAAAUAGAUUUAGAAGAAGAAAAAAUAAAAAUGAUGCAUGCCCAAAGAAUGAAUGUGAACUCAACUGUGAUGUUUCCAUAGUUUAUGUUUAUAUGUUACUUAAUCUGAUAAAUGUGAUGUAUCAUCACAACCCAAGUGAUUUGGAUGUCUUUCAUGUUCAGUCUGAAAGGAACAUGCAGUGACAAUCCUCAUCACAUGGGUUUGUGAAAUUACUGUGUUGUUACUGUAUGUUCCUUUAAGACUGAGCACUGUGAUACCCCAUCGUUUGUUCCCUGUUUUCUUUCUCUAUUUUAGUUAAGUGUUUGUACUUUAAGUCAGCUGUCCCUCCUCCUUUACAGUGCCAAAUGUUUAUAUGUUACUUAAUCUGAUGAAAGAGAUGUAUCAUCACAACCCAAGUGACGAGGAUGUCGUUCAUGUUCAGACUUAAAGGAACAUGCAGUGACGAUCCUCAUCACACGAGUUUGUGAAAUUACUGUAUGUUCCUUUAAGACUGAACACUGUGAUACCCCAUUAUUUGUUUCCUGUUUUCUUCCUAUAUUUUAAUUAAGUUUUAGUAUUUGUAGUCCCUCCUCCUUUACAGCACCACAUGUACAUAUUUUAUUUAAUCUUAAAUUCUACCAUAUCAGAACCCAAGUGACGUGGAUGUCCUUCAUGUUCAGUCUUAACGGAACAUGCAGUGGCAAUCCUCAUCACACGGGUCUGUUGUUACUGUAUGUUCCUUUAAGACUGAACACUGUGAUACCCCAUCAUUUAUUUCCUGUUUUCUUUUUAUAUUUUAGUUGUUAAGUGUCAGUAUUUUGACUGCGCCACUACUUCAUGUAUUCUAAAGUUUAAUUGGUUUGUUUUUUUAAAUAGUUAGUAAUUUAAUAAACAGCCACACCAA